AGCAAUAAGAGGGAACCUUAUAAUCUGAGUUUACAGAGCUAUAGUGGAAUAAUAGGGAGCCUUAUAAUUUGAGAUACUAAUUUGAGGCUAUAGAUUGCCGAAAAAUUGAAUUUGAAUUUGACAGACCGAAUCUGAAAUUUUUAACUUUACUGAAGCUUUAACAUCCUGUUUUGUGAAGCAUUUUCCUCUUGAUGUUAGAACAUGUUUUUUUUUGAAAUCAUUACGGGAAAUUCAUCUUAGAUUUUGUUUUUGCUCCUUUUGUUUGUCAAUGAUAGGUCAACACGAAGUCUGUUAUGCUGAAUGAGCAUUCUGCAAUGUUAAAUGGUUUUGUUGUUGGACUUGAUGUUAGACAAUUUUUACAUGGGAGUGGCUUUGCGAACCUCCUCAAAUUGGCAAAUCAUCAGUUUUUUCAUUGUAAACCCUUAAUUUCUGUUUUGGUUGAUGGUUACGAUACGAAAACAUUUACCUUUAGGUUAGGGGAUAGCUCUUGUGAAUGGUUUAAGGGAUAUUUUAUACAUUACUGGUUUGAGGAUAGUGGGUAAACCUGUAGUGACAAUAGAAGCACAUGGAGAAGAUAUUGCAAAAAUUCUAUUUCCUAACAUAGAAGGGGUUUAUGAAAAGAAGGGUUUUGUGUUGGAAAAGUUAAAAGAACUUGCUAUGAGUGAUCAACCUUUUGUAAUUAGAGUAAGGGCUACAAUUUUACUUUUGUUGGGAACUCUUGUUUUCCCGAACUCUAGCCCAAAACAUGUAAAAGGGUUGUAUGGAAAUUUUUUGAUAAACCUUGAUGAGAUAAAUGAUUAUGCUUGGGGAGAAGCGUGUCUUGUGGAAAUACAUCAGAGUUUGCAGGUUUGUAAAGAAACAAGUCAACAAAGAAUUGGUGGGUCGAUGUCGGCGCUGACGGUUUUUGCUCUGGAACAUUUACCCAGUUUGAAGAAUUUGUUCGAUUUACGUGAAGACCCGAAAGAAUUUCCAUUGAUUAUUGGAUGGGCUGAAAUAUUAUGGAAGACGAUGCACAAAACUCGCAGUGACAUUACAACAGAACUUAUCCAACAAUGUAUCAAUGGGUUAACUGCUUUUUCAAGAGAAAAUACAGUGAUGAAUUCCUUGAAUUUUGCUUCGAACGAUUUCAUGUUGCCAUAUGGUCAUCAAGAAAGUGGGAAAAUCUAG